UUAACAGGAACUUCAUACUCUGAAAAUGAUAGCAGCUGUUCCUCAUCCCCGUGUGAAAAUGGUGGGAGCUGCAAGGAUUUGGAAGUGGGUUACCAGUGCACCUGCCUCAUGAAGCCCGUAGCCUACAUGGGUGUGAACUGUGAGCUCCUCUAUGACGCAUGCAUUAAACAUGAGUGUCCUGCCCAUAGGAUUUGCAACGGGACUCGAGGACUCCUGGAAUAUGAAUGCAUCUGUAUGCCUGGCUUCACAGGUAUUGAUUGUAACAUUAAUAUUAAUGAGUGUGAGAGCAACCCUUGUAAAGAUCCUCGUUUUGAAUGUGUAGAUAGUGUAAAUGGAUACACCUGUAAAUGCCAAACAGGACUGAAUGGAGAAGGCUGCCAAACAGAAAGCUCUGUGUGCUCUAGCCACCCCUGCCUAAAUAACGGGACAUGUGUCGAGGGUCCUGGGGACUAUACCUGCAUCUGCCAGCCUGGCUUCACCGGGGCCAACUGCGGAGACAACAUUGAUGAGUGCGCCUCCAGCCCCUGCCAGCACGGAGCCAUCUGCCGAGACAGGGUGAAUGAGUAUAGCUGUUUCUGUGUGCCUGGGUUCCAAGGAUACAACUGUGAAAUAGACAUCAACGAGUGUGCGUCCCGGCCCUGUAGAAACAAUGGCACCUGCCUGAAUGAGAUGGAUCACUAUUUGUGCCAGUGCAUCCCCGGCUACACAGGUGUGAACUGUGAUGCUGAAAUAGAUGAAUGUGAUUCAGACCCUUGCCAGAAUGGGGCCCUGUGCAAUGAUCAUGUUGGGUUCUACACCUGCGUCUGUGCACCAGGUUACCAAGGAAUCCAAUGUGAGGUGGACAUGGAUGAAUGUGCGAGCCAGCCAUGCCUGCACGAGGGGACAUGUCAUGACCUUGUUAACAGCUACCGGUGUGACUGCAGUGACACAGGCUUCGAGGGAGACCACUGUGAGCUGGAUAUCCUGGAGUGUGCCUCUGAACCCUGUCUGAACAGUGCCACCUGCGUGGAGGGAAUCAAAAACUACAGCUGCGCCUGCUGGCCAGGUUACACAGGGCAGCACUGUGAAAAGGACGUGGAUGAGUGUGCAACAGAUCCCUGUCACAACGGAGGUGUAUGCUUUGAGCGAUCCAACCAAGCCUAUUAUGGAACACGACCUGACUUCCCCAGUAACUUCAGCUAUAGCCAAGCAGCUGGUUUCCUCUGUCGGUGCCAGCCAGGCUUUGCAGGGGAGACCUGCUUUACUAACAUUGAUGAGUGUGAGUCCCAGCCGUGUCAGAAUGGAGGGCUCUGCGUGGACCUUGUUAAUGGCUUCCUUUGUCAGUGCCUGCCAGGUUACUCAGGUGUGGAAUGUGCUGUUAACAUCAAUGAGUGUGAGGAGGGUCCCUGCAAGAAUGGAGCUGUCUGUGAGGAUGGCAUUGCUGACUAUACCUGCCACUGUGCCCCUAGCCAGGAUGGCAUUGUCUGGGGAGGGAAGAACUGCUCUGUCAAGCUCACUGGGUGCCAGACGCACGACUGCCAAAAUGAGGCCUUGUGCAUCCCAACCUACCAAGCUGAGAGCCACGGCCACCUGUGCCAGUGCCAGCCUGGUUUCUAUGAUGCCACAUGCUCAACACCAACAACGUUUUCCUUUGCUUCCAGAGGGUAUCUCCUCAUUGAGCUGCCCGUGAACAAUCAGAGCAGGAGGGACGUAGCAGGAGAUCAGCUUGUCAGCGUGUCCCUCCGGUUCCGAACCACCUUGCCCAGUGCCAUCCUUUUUUACCGUGGCCACGAAGCUGAGUACUUGUUCCUGGAGCUCUUUGAUGGCAUUCUGCAUGCAAGAGUGAAGAGGGAGGAUGUUGGGUACCUGCUGCUCCUGGAGGGGCUGAGAGUUGAUGAUGGCCAGUGGCAUAAAGUUGAAGUUGUUCUGCAUAGCGCUGUGCAGCUAAAGCUCUGGCAUGACUCUUGUGAUGCAGGUGUCUGCCUGCAGAGCUCUCCUGUCCCACGUGGCACUGCUCUGAUCCCACAUGCCUUCCAGAACACGUAUAUUGGAGGUGCAGAGGAUCCAAUGGCCAGCAACACACAGAGCCAGCAAGGCUUCAUCGGCUGCCUGGAAGACUUUCAGGUAGAUGCUGAAACCGUGCUCCCGGUGGAUCUGCCUGUGGGUGAGUCCUCCCCGGUGACGCGGGGCUGUGACCGGACAGAGUGGUGCCUAUCCCAGCCCUGCUUUCACGGAGGGCUGUGUGUGGACCUGUGGGCAACCUUCAGGUGUGACUGUCCUAGGCCUUACGGAGGCCCAGCUUGCUCAUAUGAGCGCCCAGCAGCAACAUUUGGCCUAGAGAAUUCCACCAGCUUUGCAUCUUUCAACCUUUCUGAUAGCCUGGGAGCAAACUUCAACAUCUCCUUUUUCAUCCGUAGUCUGAAACCUAACGGUUUGCUGUUGCAAAUCAGCAACGAAACUGAGCCCUGCCUCACUAUAUACCUGAAGAACGGCAAGUUGAAAAUAGAGAUGGUAUCUACAGGUACUGUGACAUUUCCAGAAAAUUUGGUUGAUGGAAGAAGACAUUUGGUAGCUUUGUCUUUCCAAGGAGGAGUUGUUGGUGCUCACCAGUCGGACACAUACCUGGAGCUAGGACAGCUCGUAGCAAGACCUCUUUUAGCUGGUUAUGAAGUGCAUAUUGGUGGACAUCCGAACCCAGACAGCGCCGACAUGUGGGGAGGCUAUUUUAAAGGCUGUUUGCAAGAUGUCCAACUGAACAGCCACCAAAUACAGUUUUUUCAGGUUGAGAACUACAGUCUGCCACAGGAGCUCAACAGCACUCAAAAUGGUAAUCUUGUGAAUGGCUGCAUCUCUGAUAACACCUGCAAGUCUGAACCAUGUCAGAAUGGUGGCAGAUGCAUUGUCACUUGGAAUGAUUUCCAUUGCAGCUGUCCAGCAAAUUUCACUGGGAAAUUUUGUGAAGAGAGAGUCUGGUGUGAAGGUGACCCGUGUCCUGAAGCUACCACCUGUGUAGAUGUUGUAGCAGGAUAUGUGUGUCUGGCUAACGCAACGUUCAAUCGUUCUGCUGCCGUUGAAUUCACCACCAACACAUCAGUGACGAGAACUCUGAGCAGCCUCCACGUGGAUUUCAGAACCAGGGACGAAGAUGCUGUUUUGCUUCAGGCUGUGGAAGAAGUGGAUUCCCUCCAGGUAGCCAUUAAGAACUCCUCCCUGCUGGUUGACAUCAGGAGUGGGAAUAGCAUCGAAGGUGUCAGCUUCCUGAGUCAGAAGUCCGUCGCGGACGGUGCCUGGCACACCGUCUCCGUGUCUAUGGAAGAGCCAUCUGCGCUUUCUUCCAGAUGGCUGCUUCGCUUGGACGGGUCUGAUAACAUGACUCUGCAGGGAAACGCUGGGAACUUGGACUUCCUAAAGAACGGUGCGCUAAUUGUGCUCGCCGAAAAUUUCACCGGCUGCCUCGGACAAGUGAGGAUAGGGGGGAUCUACCUGCCGUUCACUGCCCACCUCUCAUACCCCCAGCCAGAGCAGUUCCAGAAGUCCAGCAGAGGGGACAUCCAACUGGGCUGCACUGGGGCCGACGUCUGCGCCUCUAGCCCUUGCCUCAACGCCGGCACCUGCAAGGAUUUGUUCAACUCCUUCAGCUGUGCCUGCCGUGCUGGCUGGGAGGGGCCGCUGUGCCAGUCCAACGUCGAUGACUGCCAGUCGGGCCCGUGUGUUCACGGGGACUGCGUCGAUGCAGUAGCAGACUUCCAGUGUGAAUGCUUCCGGGGGUUCAUCGGGAAGAGGUGUGACAUCAAUGUGGAUGACUGCGUGCGGCACCAGUGCCUAAAUGGAGCUACCUGCGUUGAUGGGGUUUAUGGCUACUCCUGCAAGUGCCCUCCUCAGUAUUCGGGGCCCCGCUGCGAAUGGCCGUUCCCACCGGAGCAGUGUGGUAAGAACUUCACCUGUCUGAACGGUGGCAAGUGCAUCAGUGAGACCUGGGGAGCCAACUGCACCUGCAAGCCCGGUUUCACCGGAAGGAAUUGUCAAAUCAACAUAAACGAGUGCGACCCAAACCCUUGCCAGAACGGAGGCACGUGUCAAGACUCUGAGAACAAAUACGAGUGCCUGUGCAGCGCCAGCUACAUGGGAGAGCGGUGUGACAUUAACAAAGGGACUCCAGGUGCCCUCUUCCCCUCCCCACUAAUUGAAGUAGCUGUCCCUGUAGCCUGUGGCUCUUUGCUGCUGCUCAGUAUCGGGCUCAUAUUCAUGAUUCUCACUGCAAGGAAGAGGCGCCAGUCAGAGGGAACCUACAGUCCGAGUCAGCAAGAAGUGGCAGGAGCUCGGCUGGAGAUGGACAGUGUCCUAAAGGUGCCACCUGAAGAGAGGCACUGCCAUGGCAAGGAGAUGCACCCACAAGGUGUACGAGGUUUUCACAAGCAGUCAGCCUUCAACAGCAACAGCAGCUGCGAACUCCUGCCCUGUGCCAGCCGCAGCGUCACAGGGAAUUGUCAGGAAUUACUGAAAUCGUUGUACAAAUCAGUGGUUGAUGAUGGGAUCUCUGUUAGACAUUCCCAUGGGUACCGGGCAGGGAAGGUGCAGUCAGAACGUUGUGGGUUUGUGGGCCAGUGUCGGCUGUAG